GUUCUGCAGGCACCAUUGCCACAUUGAUAAUGAUGACGGUCAAUAUGAAUGAUGUAGGUACAUCGGGAGAAACCCAAAAGGAAAAUUGUUAUGUUUUCAAAGUUUGAAGCUUCGAUAUAGAUGCAGGUUUGCAUCUGGUAUUCACUAACGUUUGCAAAUUCUCCUAGGGAGGAGUACCGGUUGCCGUAUUGCGGCGAGAAUUUGGUCGUAUUUCAUUUGAAAUACAAGAUUACUGGGCGAAAUGGUGUUGAGGAAUGGUGUUUAUAUUGUUCAAGGAGAGCUAAAUCAUGUCGUUGCUGCACUAAGACGAAGUAACAGAUGGUCAGGAGGUCAUUAUCAUCAGGAUGAGGAACAUGAUCCACUGCUAAACAGUUUUGCACAAUUAAAAGAGACUUUGCACAGUGUCACUGAUUUGUCUGAACUUGAUGCCAAUGUAUAUCUUGGACCAUUCUUGGAAGUUAUUCGGUCUGAAGAUACUGCUGGCCCCAUAACUGGAGUUGCCUUGUCUUCAGUGAACAAAUUUCUUUGCUAUGGCUUAAUUGAUCCUAUUGCUGAAAACUCAAGCUCAGGAGUUGAAAAUUUGGCAGAUGCAGUAACACACGCAAGAUUUGUUGGCACUGAUCCUAGCAGUGAUGAAGUAGUUUUAAUGAAAAUUUUGCAGGUUCUCCGAACAUUGCUGUUGAGUUCUGUUGGUGUUCAUAUGACGAAUGAAUCUGUUUGUGAAAUAAUGCAGUCUUGCUUUAGAAUCUGCUUUGAGAUGCGCCUAAGUGAGUUACUACGUAGGACUGCCGAACAGACUUUGAUUGACAUGGUGCAGCUGCUUUUCACAAGGUUACCUCAAUUCAAAGAAGACAUAAAGGGAAUUUGUUCCCCACACAUUCGAAAGAUGUUCAAAAGGUCAGGAGCGUUAUCGGGGACAAGGAGAUCUAGCAAAAAACCGUCUCCUCUGCCAAAGCGGACUUCGCGCAAGGAUGUGGACGUUUCUGAGAAAUCAUCUGGCAAAAUUUCCUCAAAAAAAUCUCCAUUAGUGCAGCAGUCAGAGCAUGAGCAAGGUGCAGCGAAAUGUCCUGAUGAUGCAGUCAGUUCAAACAUUGAGCGAGCUGUUAUCGAUGUAAGCCAAGGUGAUAAUGUAGAAAGUGACUAUACUCGUGAUUCAACGAUAAAUGAAGAAUCCAAGGAAUCCGUUUUAAGUUCAACUCUAGAUUCAAUCCAGAUUAUAAGUGAUGUUUCAGUUUCUGAAGAAACGUGUAGUGAAAGUAAGGAGCCUAUUGGAAACGAUGAGGAUUGCUCGACUGAGCUUGCGAAUAAAGAAGCGGAAAGAUCAGAUUUAGAGAAAAAGGAAAUGGAUCUAGACAAAGUUGAGGAUAAAGAAAAGGACAAUAUUUUAGAAACAAAAUGCACUUCACCGGAAGAGUCAAAAAAUCUGAUUUUAGGGGCAUGCGAGGAAGGUGCCAAAGGGUCAGAUGUUUUACUGAUUGAUGCUGAAGACCUGGAAACAUUCCAAGAUUUGAGUAUGAAUCCAAAUGUUGUCGUUGAACGUGACGUUGAGGUUGCACAGACCCUUGAAUUGAAAUCAUCAGACACAUCAGGUCUUGUUACCGGAGGUGUUAUUUCAUUGCAAUACCCAGAUGAUGACGCGAGGAGCUUGGAUUCUGUUAGGCUUGACGAACUGAAAACCGAGGAGGAUCCACAGGAAAGCCAGGAGAAUGAAGAGACACAAGAAGAAUGUCAACCUGUCAAAGAUGUUGCUAGUCAUACGGAGGAAAGCAGUCACAGUGCUGAUGAGUUUGAGCCUGAAGGCCAAGAAGAGUAUGUGAACCAACAAGGGGUUCGUUUCAUGCCACAGCAGCAACAGAAAGAAGGACAGCCAGCACUGGUUCCAUAUGGCCUACCAUGCGUAAAAGAGCUUCUUCGCUUUUUGACAACCCUUAUCAACCCACAUGACCGGCACAAUUCAAACACAAUGAUACACAUUGGACUCUCAUUAUUGACGGUGGCAUUGGAAUCUGGUGCUAGUCAUAUUGGGCAAUUUACGUCAUUGAUGAAUCAAGUGAAGGAUGAGACUUGCAGAAACCUCUUUGCUCUGCUGCAAUGUGAUAUUCACGUGUUAUUUUCUUUGGCCAUGAGAGUCUGUUUCCUCAUGAUAGAAGCCUUGCGGCCACACUUGAAGUACCAAGUUGAGAUGUUUUUUAUGAAACUGAUGGACAUAAUGACACUAGAGCAUACGAACAUACCAUAUGAAAAGAGAGAGAUGACUCUGGAGUACAUUAACCAGCUGUUCCAUGUUCCAUAUCUUGUCCCAGAAUUGUAUCUCAAUUAUGAUUGUGACAUUCGGUGCACUAACCUUCUAGAGGAUUUCAGCAAAGUCCUUUCCAAGAACGCGUUCCGGCCUGGCAAUCUUUCCUCAGUCAACAUGCUAGCCCUAAAUGCACUAUUAACAAUAGUCAACGAUAUCGAAGCGAAUUCACAAAUGAUUUCCUCAAGAACAGACAGUGACAGCCUUGGGCAAUUGCCAGCUGAUUUUAGGCGUGGGGGCGAAAGAACAAUUAGCACUUCUUCAGACAGAACAGGGGAUGACGAUUCUGGAUCUGAUGAAAACAUGGAAUACCUUGGGAUCCUUCCACCUGCUCCACCAACCUCUGGGUUUAGUGUUGCCAAACAACUUCUGGCCAAAACAAAGCUCUCUUCAAUGACCGGAAAUAGCAAAUCAAGAACAUAUUCUGAUGCAAGCGAUAAUUUGCUGCCUUGUUCAGAGGAUCUUGUAAAACAGAAGAGGCGCAAAAAGCUGCUCUGGCAGGGGGUAGAUGAAUUCAAUAAGAAAGCCAAGAAAGGAAUCGAAUUUCUACAAGAAAAUAAUUUGAUAUCAACUCCGCUCGUUCCUGCGGAGCUUGUGCAGUUCUUUAAAGACAAUCAGAAAGUUGACAAAAAGGUUAUAGGUGAAUACAUUGGAAACAGGAACAAUGGCAAGGUCUUGGAUGCGUUCGUGAGUUCCUUCGAUCUCAAUGGUUUUCGCAUCGAUAUAUCACUGCGACAGUUUUUGGAGACAUUUAGACUCCCUGGUGAAAGCCCAGUUAUAUCCUUCAUUUUAGAACAUUUUGCAGAGAAAUACUAUGAGGGAAACUCUGAAGGCUACGCCAACACAGAUUCGGUUUUCACAUUGGCAUAUGCCAUUAUUAUGCUGAAUGUUGACCAACACAAUGCGAAUGUGAGACAACAGAAGUCAAUGACAGUCGACGAAUUCAAAAGAAAUGUCAAGGGUGUCAAUGGUGGAGGGAAUUUCCCAGAAGAGAUGAUUGAAGAAAUAUACAAUAGCAUAAAGAAUGAGGAAAUUGUCAUGCCUUCAGAAAGAACUGGUCGAGUGAAAGAGAAUUACGAUUGGAAGGUACUUAUGAGAAAAAGUCAAGCACCAGAUUCACAAUUUAUGCGUAUCAACACAAGCAUGUAUGAUGAAGACCUGUUUUUAGUGGUAUGGGGGCCAACUGUUGCAGCUUUAUCCUAUGUCUACGAUAAUGGUAUGGACAAAGCAGUUGUGCAAAAGGCUCUGACUGGCUUCAGAAAGUGCGCUGUGAUAUCUGCUCGAUACGGUCUCAGUGAAGUUUUUGAUAAUCUGGUUAUUUCGCUGUGUAAAUUCACAACUUUGCUUACGCAAGGGGAGCCAAGUGACAACUUGCCAGUUACAUUUGGGACCAACAUCAAAGCCCAGCUUAGUGCCAGAACAGUGUUUUCUUUGGCCCACAAACAUGGCGACAUAUUAAGAGAAGGAUGGCAGAAUCUCCUUGUCUGUAUGUUGCAAUUGUUCAAGACGAAAUUACUGCCUAAAGUUCUCACCGAGGUUGAAGAUUUUAUUGAUCAAAGCGGAAAAACAAGUCUGAUUCGCGAAGAGCCCCAACCAACUGCAAGGCCGGAUGCAACGGGAAUUCUAUCGUCUUUCUACAACUAUAUUCUCGCUAACCCUGAUACCUCGGCGCAGAAAGGCCAGUCAGCAGAAGACAGCAAGGCUCAAGAGCAAGCUGGAAAUUGUAUCAAGGAUUGUCACCCAGAGCUUUUGAUCACAGAAAGCAAAUUUUUGCGAGGAGAAUCUUUGCAUGAACUUGUGAAGGCAUUGGUAUUCUCUUCGAAGCCUGAAGGAAGCAUUGAUUCGAACGAGUCGCCUUUUGAUGAAGAUGCUGCCGCUUUUUUCUUGGAAUUCCUUAUCAGGGUGGCAUUACAAAACAAAGACAGGAUAUCAGUGCUGUGGCAAACUGUCCGCGAUCACCUAACAAGUAUUAUCAUUUCUGCACAAAAAUACAGCUUCUUGGUCGAGCGGGCUGUUGUUGGAUUGCUGCGUCUUGCCAUUCGACUUAUCCGCCGUGAAGAUAUAUCAAGCCAGGUCCUUGUGACUUUGCGUGUGCUUCUGAUGAUGAAAUCAAACGUCCUCUGUUCAUGCUGCCGCCAAAUUGCAUACGGUGUCCACGAACUGAUACGAACGAAUGCCAAUAAUAUACACUUAUCACGUGACUGGGUGACGAUUCUCACCCUUCUUGAGGUAGCAGGGGCUGGUGCACCUGCACCCAUUGUUAAGCCAGGCCCAUCGUUAACAAUGGUACAUGGUGAGCGACCAGUGGUAGAGCAGGAACAAAUCGAAGAAGAGACAGGCGAGAAGACGUUUCGUCCAAUUAGAGCAGACUCUCCUGUUUUAGAUGAAGACUCAGCAAAGCCUGAAGCAACCGGCGAGACAUGGCUACUCAUCAACAAGGAAGAGCAGUCUGGAGUGCCUGUGAAUCAGUAUGACCUUGCAUUCGGUGAAAGUCUAAACAAGCACGAUAGUCGUGCGUUUAUUAAAGCAUCUGGAACAAUAGGUUUCAUUGUUCGCGAUGCCGCCCACGUGACACGUGGAAACAUUCUACAGUGCAUACAUACUUCACUGAUAUUUGCAGAAGCCAGUGCUAACGGUGGUGUGGCAUUAAGAAAGGAAGAAUUGUCAUCCAAAGAGCACGGAAAUGUCAAGCACCAGCAACCGCCGAAAGGUUUGAAGAAAAUGAAGAAAAAACACACCAGCCCGAAGUCAUCUCGUGGGAAGGGACGUUCUGGAGGCCCAGGGUCACCAGUGAGUGAAGACGAUGCAGAAAUAAGUGAAAACACAAGCAAUAUUUAUGAUGCCAUUUCACUGCAGCUCCUGGAUCUAAUGUAUGUGUUGCAUACAAAAGCAUCAAGGAUAUUGGCAAAUGUUGAUUGGCAUGAAUUUGAGGAGAGCCAAAAGCAAGAAGUCAGAAUGAGAUGGAACAGUGUGGAAAGUGUCGACCGAUUACCAAGCACGUUUACUGGUGAUGCCAACUUUGGUAUGAGUUUACUGUGGAUUAAAUGUUGGUGUCCAAUUCUUCAAGGCAUUGCUAGACUUUGUUGUGACGAUCGGAAAGAAAUCCGAAUGUCUGCUUUGACCAUACUUCAAAGGUCGCUUCUUGCCGAGGAUUUGCAAUCACUGAGUGCCACUGAAUGGGAAAACUGUUUCAAUAAGGUCCUGUUUCCAAUGCUGGCAAGACUUCUUGAAGUGCCAUCAGAAGUUGAUCCAAUUGGACUAGAAGAAACGAGGAUGAGAGCUGCCACAUUGCUAUGCAAGGCCUUUUUGAAGCUGCUCAACAUUUUGCUGACCCUAUCGACAUUUACAGCUCUUUGGAUGACAAUUUUGGAUUUCAUGGAUCGCUACAUGAAAGCAGAUAGCAGCGAUCUUUUGUCUGAGGCUAUCCCAGAAUCCAUGAAGAACAUGCUACUGGUUAUGUCGACAUCGGGGGUAUUUGAUCACAGCGAGGACGAUCAGACGCUACAACUCACUCACAAAGCUCACGAACAGCACGAGCAAGAUGCCAAGCGGCAUUAUUCAGCACUGUGGCAAGUCACAUGGGAACGAAUCGACUGCUUUUUGCCAAACCUGAGGCGUGAUAUGCUUGCCUCUAGUUCGCCAUUUGCCCAACGGGCUUCGUCGCCGCCGAUUUAUCCUGAACCAGAGGCGCAGACGAUGGAAACCGAGGGACGGCCAGUAUCUGAGGAUGAGUCGUCAAAGAUCGCGUCUCAAGAGCAAGCUGAGAAAAAGAUCGUUGAACCUGAAGCUGCCAGUCAGACAGAAUCAACUGGAAACCAGAGAGCUCAAUCGCCCACCCACGUGUCCCUCGAUUCAACCCACCAACCCUCUAACAUUGUUUUGCAUUCGCCUUUGCCCGCGCCACAGAGCAGGCAAUUUAUGUUAUCAUCUGGCCCGCAAGCCCCCGGCAUGCCGAUUAUUCUUGCUCCUAGACCACUUAGUAACCAAGAAGCGACAAAAGAGUUACGUACUGUUGAAAGGCCUGAAUCCCUACCGCUGGAAGUUGCCACUACCGAUAUAACAUCCAAUGUUCCUGUGGAAGACACUGCUGAAAAUAAAUCCGAGGAGGAAGAAAAGAAAAAGGUCUUACAGGACAAAAUUAUUAUAAGUAUUACAAGUAUAUUAAAUUUUUGUUUUCUCUCUACAGGUGAUGCCAACUUUGGUAUGAGUUUACUGUGGAUUAAAUGUUGGUGUCCAAUUCUUCAAGGCAUUGCUAGACUUUGUUGUGACGAUCGGAAAGAAAUCCGAAUGUCUGCUUUGACCAUACUUCAAAGGUCGCUUCUUGCCGAGGAUUUGCAAUCACUGAGUGCCACUGAAUGGGAAAACUGUUUCAAUAAGGUCCUGUUUCCAAUGCUGGCAAGACUUCUUGAAGUGCCAUCAGAAGUUGAUCCAAUUGGACUAGAAGAAACGAGGAUGAGAGCUGCCACAUUGCUAUGCAAGGCCUUUUUGAAGCUGCUCAACAUUUUGCUGACCCUAUCGACAUUUACAGCUCUUUGGAUGACAAUUUUGGAUUUCAUGGAUCGCUACAUGAAAGCAGAUAGCAGCGAUCUUUUGUCUGAGGCUAUCCCAGAAUCCAUGAAGAACAUGCUACUGGUUAUGUCGACAUCGGGGGUAUUUGAUCACAGCGAGGACGAUCAGACGCUACAACUCACUCACAAAGCUCACGAACAGCACGAGCAAGAUGCCAAGCGGCAUUAUUCAGCACUGUGGCAAGUCACAUGGGAACGAAUCGACUGCUUUUUGCCAAACCUGAGGCGUGAUAUGCUUGCCUCUAGUUCGCCAUUUGCCCAACGGGCUUCGUCGCCGCCGAUUUAUCCUGAACCAGAGGCGCAGACGAUGGAAACCGAGGGACGGCCAGUAUCUGAGGAUGAGUCGUCAAAGAUCGCGUCUCAAGAGCAAGCUGAGAAAAAGAUCGUUGAACCUGAAGCUGCCAGUCAGACAGAAUCAACUGGAAACCAGAGAGCUCAAUCGCCCACCCACGUGUCCCUCGAUUCAACCCACCAACCCUCUAACAUUGUUUUGCAUUCGCCUUUGCCCGCGCCACAGAGCAGGCAAUUUAUGUUAUCAUCUGGCCCGCAAGCCCCCGGCAUGCCGAUUAUUCUUGCUCCUAGACCACUUAGUAACCAAGAAGCGACAAAAGAGUUACGUACUGUUGAAAGGCCUGAAUCCCUACCGCUGGAAGUUGCCACUACCGAUAUAACAUCCAAUGUUCCUGUGGAAGACACUGCUGAAAAUAAAUCCGAGGAGGAAGAAAAGAAAAAGGUCUUACAGGACAAAAUGCCUAAAAUCAUGACUAAUACUGUCUAUGAUAUUUGAACAAUAUAGUAGGUGAUAUCACGAAAUAAAUGAUGAAAAAUUUCACAAUGAGGUAAAAUUUCCGGUAGCGCGUGGUUUUAGGCUAGAAAUAAAUUCUGAUUAGGUAGUAGAAAUUUCUAGUUAGUAAGAAUUAGGAAGGACCUCUAAGGACCGUAGUUUUUUGCAAAACUGAUUAACCAGUUUGUUAGCUGUAAUAUUUUAAGAUUUAAGCAUAUAAUCUUGGUAAUUUUUUCCAAGAUUACUGUUAUGUGAUAAACCCCAAAUCGCUUCGAUUUGUUUUAAGAAAUGCAUACUGCAUUAAGCUACCUUUACAAUUAUUAUUUUUAAAGUUAUUAGUCUGGAAAUGUCAUAUUAAAUGCUCUUUUCUUGAAAUUAACAUCACGAGGAAGCUGGGAUGUGCGAUUAGGAAAUAGGAGAUUUUCCGUGGUAUGAGCAAUUUCUUUAUGCUUUCCAUUGUCGUGAAAAAUGUAUUGUUUUUAAUGAGAAGCGUUAUAUACCCGAGAUUUACUCUUGUCUGAAAAUGAAGGUGUUGCUUCAACGAUGACGCUAAUUUUUCAUUUCGUUGAAUUUCAAGCUUCAGCUCAAUGGGACAGUUCAAAAUACACAUUUUUUUAUCGGUCAAAUGAUAAAAGUUCUGUAAUUUUAUUUCAGCUAAAUUGCCCAUAACUCUUUAUUAAGAUAUUACUUUGGGCCCGAUUCCACUUUGUCAUUGCACUGAUAUUUAUUUAUUUUCAGCCAUAGACUAUUUCUUGAAUUUUAAGGAAUCUCCUAUUGAGAAACUUGGCAAAAAGUAACAAAGUGAUAGAUUUGUUGCUGUAACAUUAAUUAUUACUUGUCGCGAAAUCCCUUCCCCGGUUUUUCAUUAGCUGUAUCGUACCUACAGAAGGUUAAAUUCAGAUUUUUAAUGACAAGAUAAACAAUUGAUAUAUAAAUUUGUUAGAAGUUUAUUGCAAUUUGGGGUUUGAAAUGAAUAAUGAAUGGACAUCAUAUGAAUGAGAAAUCAA